AUGCUCCGUGGAGUGCUUUUUUCUAUUUUUCUAUUUGCCAUUUCGGUCCAAGCCGACUGCGAUGUUUCUUCUUUGAACGACUCGGAAAAGGAGCUUACCCUCCGUAUCUGUCACCUUGAGGUACUUCAUUACAUAGCGGAUAACUUUACAAGUUUAUCGUAAUUUUUUCAGUCUGAACUUGCUGUUGUCCAGCGAGCAUUGCAGGAAGUGAUGCAACAAAGAGGCAUGACUCUGUACGAUGAAGCGAUGCCAGAGAUGAGUAAGCGUAAGAACGAGUUCAUUCGGUUCGGAAAACGGAGUGACGGGUUAGUGACCGCUAAUCAGAAUUUACUAGAAAAGAUCCGGUUUUAGUGUCGAGAAAAGGAAAAACGAGUUCAUCCGCUUUGGUAAGCGGAAAAAUGAGUUCAUUCGGUUUGGGAGAUCCGAUAAGGGACUCGUCAACGACGAUCUGGCCAGUAAGUACAGUACAAUUAUACUCAUUUUCAUCUGGAAUUUCAGUGGAAAAGCGAAAGAACGAGUUUAUCCGAUUCGGAUAA